CUCGCAACCACCGAAGCCCGAGUCUCUCUCUCUCGCGUCCUUCGAUUCCUGCCACCGAAACCCUAACCCUUAUCCGGUGUCGUUCGCGAUGCAAUCGGACAACCGAUUCCACGAUUCCUCUCCCCUCUCUGAGCCACCCUCCUUCAUUCAGCGUCUGCGCUCCUCGCUCUGCUCCUCCUGCUGCUUCGGCGGCUCCGCCGGCGAUGACGAGGUGGACGAGCGGCCAGCGUCGGUGAUCCGGUCCUCGACGAUCUGGCUGCGGUCCAGGGGGCAGGAGCUGCAGGAGGUCGGGGGUCGGUGCCGGAACUUAGUGGCGCGGAUCGCGCCCCGUCACCCCCACCACCACGCCCGCCGCGGAUCCGGCGACUUCGGGUACGACCCCCUCAGCUACGCCCUCAACUUCGACGAGGGGCCCGACGACGACGACGACGACCGCCACCCCGGCGGCGGGGAUGCGUACCGGUACCGGAACUUCUCGUCCCGCCUACCGCCCUCCCCGCCGCGCCCGGUUGCUUCGUGAGCGCUUCCGAUCCCCCUUUCUCUUCCAUUCAUCGAUUCAUUCUCUGUGUCAAGUUCGUGUGAAUGUGUAUGUAUGAAUAUGUAUCUGAUCGUAACGUCUGCGUGGAUUGCACGAAGAACAGUUCUCGA